GUUUGCCGUCCAUGCGUUCUUACAGGGCAACUAUCAUCAUCGACAAUGGCCAACGUCUGAGCGGCGGGAGCGAUCAAUUUGCUGCACGCAUCACUAACUCAAACGACAACGAGGAAGACGAGGCCUACAAGCUCGAAACACUCCCACGCUUUCCCUCGGGCGGCCACCCCAGCAGCGGCACGCUCAACGCCGCCUUUCGCGAGUUCGAAAAGGAAAAUAGGGGAAAGGAUGCAGAAGCAACACAAGUAGCGGCAGCACCAGCCAAGGGCCCGCCGCGGGUGUCGCUCUUCGACCCGAGCAUCGCGGCGAAGCGAUGGACGUACAUGAGGCUGUACGGCAAGUACGUUGUGUACCUCAUUCUGUUGAUGUGGGCGUUCCUGCCCAUAUAUCUCGCGGCGCACACGUCGCCGAACAGCCACGUGGACAAUCUCAGUGUAUGGGUCGUGGACAAGGACGGGGGUACGGUUGGGGAGGCGAUGAGGCAGGCGGUGCAGGGUGGGCUUGAUGGUGCGCAGGGGCUUGUGCUGGGAUAUGAUUUCAGAGGGACGAAUAAUGCGUCGGUGGGGACGGACGAGGACCUUGAGUACGCGGUGUGGGACGAGCAGACAUGGGCGCUCAUGCACACACGUGCAGCUAACGAGGGUGCAACGAGCAAUAUCACGUCCUACCUUGCUGGAAACAACCCCGACUACUCGCCUACAGAGACGCCUGCGAUCACCAUCUGGUACAACGAAGCACGCAACCUCUUCGCCGCCGACUUCUACGUCAUUCCACUAAUGCAGCCGCUCGUCUCCAUCGCCUCAGGCAACGCCGCCAAUUCCAUCAUCUCCCAAUUCAUCUCCAACAACACAGCGAACCAAACCGCGCUCUCCCACUUCGUGCAGGCGACCGCCCAGCUCUCCACCAACGGCGCAAUAGAAGGCGGCCUCGUCAACUUCGCCUACACCAACAUCCGGCCGUACUUCGCGACGAACGUCGCGGGCGUGACGACCGUCGGCUUCGUGCUCAUCCUCAUCUUUUCGUUCCUGCUCACGAUGGCGAACGCGGCGAUGCGCGCGAUCCUCGCGCCACACCUGACGAUCAAGUCGUACGUGCUCCUGCGCCUCGCCGCGCCGCUGCUCGCGUACAUCCCGCUCUCGCUCUCGUUCGCGACGGUCACGCUCGCGUUCCACGUGCCGUGGGACACCAAGUACACGGAGGUGCAGGGGUUCGGGCUGUUUUGGAUCACGGUGUAUCUUAUGAUGUGCUCGCUGGGUCUCGCGACGGAGUUUGCGAUCUAUGUGGUGACACCCAAAUUUGCGCCGUUCGCUAUGGUUAUUUUGAUUCUGACAAACAUCAACCUGGUCGAAUACCCGCUUGAAAUGCUCCCCGGCAUCGAGAAGUACGGCAGAGCAUGGCCGUUCUACCACGCACAUAGCCAAGGCCUCGAGAUCAUCCAAACAAUCACCUUCAACACCAAAUCGCACAUCCGGCAGAACAUACCCAUCCUCGUCGGGUGGGCGCUCCUGAACGUGCUCACCAUCAGUCUGAGCACGGCGUUCAUGGAGUGGCGGCUGCGUCGGAAGCAGGUGUAAGCACCUGUGACUCCGCUGGCACGCUCCCCAGCUUCGGAGUGCGCCGAGGAUGUGCUCGUGUUCAUUCUUUUCGGUGGCUGGUAAAGAACGGAACGGAGUUCGCGGUACUCCGCUCAGAUACAUCGUCAUCUGACCAGUCCGCGAAGAGUACGAU